UCGAAGAGUGCGGUAGACAUUAGGCACGAUACAUAAAAAUGAGUAGUGACGGUCGGUAAAAAGUGAUAUUAUUAUGAAAAAUGUGUACUUCUCUUAAUGGAAAAAAUCAAAUAUUUUGUGUAUACGAAUAAUACAAUGAAUAUGCUAAUUGUGUGAAACUGAAAGGAUUACAACACUCAGCUAUAGAACGGCCAAAAUAUGACGGAACGAAAAUUUACAAGGGGCAUCAGCAAAGUAUCCAAUCAGAAAUUGAGAGAUUGUGUGAGUCAAACUAUACGAGCUAGCAGUGUUCUUAACAAACCGCUGGUCGUGGAGCCAAUCGAUUUUGAGAAUUUUAUUCUGAAAAAUAAAGUAUUGAUACAGAAUGACCCGCAAAGAGAGCUACUGUUAUCAUUAUAUCCUACAGACGAUGUGUCGCAAGUUAUUCUACCCCGCAAAUUUCGCACUGUCACCAAUAACAUACCAUCAUUUUCGAAUGGCAUCACAGAAUCAGUACCAACAACACCAGCAGAAGACGCGACACAAAUACAAUUGAACAACAAUCAUCAAACUAAUCACGGACUUCUAUUGACCAGACAAGCUCUCCAUACGUACAAUCGAAACAAUAGUUUAGUACAUUACAAGUAUAAUGCAUACAGCGGAUCGUGUCAUGAAUUACCAAGAAUAUCUCCAGCCGACGAAUUUCAGGAAGAAGUCUAUGAAAUUGAUGCUGAUCCAGAUCGGAUUGACGAGUAUAUGACUAGAUCACAAGCGGAUACGAUUACGAAGCAAGGUUUUCUGCUCAAAGGACCCGAUGCUAGCUCUGAACGAAUGUUUGCCCACAUAGGAUCCAAAUCAUUCAAGCGAAGGUAUUGCUACUUGCGACAAGAAGUUGAUGGCACAUACAUUCUCGAACUGCACAAAGAUGAAAAGCAAGGCGAAGCGAAGGCAACAAUCGUAAUGGACUUUUGUACUGAAGUGGUGCAGAAUCCGAAACGGGCGAAAUACUGUUUCGAAUUGCACAUGUGCGAAGGACAUAAAUCGUUCACAUUAGCCGCUGAGAAUGAUACAGAACUACAAGAUUGGCUAAACAAAUUGCAUUCGGUCUUGCAACAGAACAAGUUACAAGAAGAGAAACGUGCCGCAUCCUUGGAAAGAGCACCCCCACCGAGCCCAAGUACUACAAUGUUUGGCACUCUAAAGGGCUUAGACCAGAGUAUGAAUCCACAGUUAAUGAAAUAUGGACGUGAAACAGAUGUAUCAAUAGCACAGUCCAGACGAGAACAGCGAAAGAGGUUAUUUGCUGGAUACCAAAUCCCCAAUAAAAUCACAAAUGUCGAGAAUAUUGAUCCAUAUCGUGAACAGUUUGGCCAACGCUUUCUGCUAAAAUGCGAAAACCUUAGAUUUCGAUUGCAGACACCUAACGAUGCGGAAAACGAAAGUGAUCUCCAGAUCGAGCCGUACAUAACCAGUUUAGCGUUGUAUGAUUCGAAAGCGGGCCGUAAAUUGACUGAAAAUUUCUAUUUCGACAUAAACACCGAGCAAAUUCGUGAAAUGUUUCCAUUUGGCUGUGCAUCGAAAUCUCUUCCACUUACAAAUGGUUCGUCCUAUCUGAACGAUGACGUUAACGAUCUCCUCAAUUUGCCAAAAGACUGGCUAAAAUAUCCAAAACAGGCCAUCUUAAGCAUAACGGCACCACAUCCCGACAUCUUCCUCGAUGAGUACGGCUUCAUAAUCAACCUUUCGUCAUCGUAUUCACCGGUACUCACUGGGUAG